CAAGAGGGGAACACACAACGGACAGGAUACAGCGCAGCCAUUCACAAGUGGAGCACUGCUCAAGGAGGACGAGAAGCGCUGUGCUGCUCGACUUCUAGCUGUUUCUUUUCUCAGCAUUCAGGAGAAGGAAUUAAGCAUGUCAAAGACAGAAGAGAGGUUACCUUCUACAACGUCUAUAAACUCAGUCUCAACAGAUGGCAAUGGUGUCUCCCCGACAGGGUCGGUCUCUGAAGCACCCAGAAAAUCAUCUAAAAAGUCCAAGAAAACCACUGAGAACAUGACCAAAGUCUACAACUCUGUGCUUGAAAGUGUUUUUGGGGCGGAGAGAGAAUUGGCUCAGGCUGAGCUGGACGAGUUGCAAGACGCCUUCAAAGAGUUUGACUACGACCAAGAUGGAUACCUGAACUACAAGGAUGUGGCUGAAUGCAUGAGGACCAUGGGAUACAUGCCCACGGAGAUGGAACUGCUGGAAAUAGUACAGCAAAUCAAGAUGAGAAUGGGCGGCUUAAUGGACUUUGAAGACUUUGUUGAGCUGAUGGGACCCAGGAUGAUGGGAGAGACUGCUCACAUGCUGGGACUCAAGGAGCUCCAGUCGGCCUUUACUCAGUUCGAUCUCGAUGGAGAUGGAAAGAUCAACCAGGAUGAGUUGAAGGAGGCGAUCAAGUCGAUGCUGGGGGAGAAGUUGAAGAAAGGCGAACUGGAGGAGAUCUUGAAGGAGCUGGACAUUAACGCAGACGGAAACAUUGACUUUGAAGAGUUUGUGAUGAUGCUCUCCAUUCGCUAGCUGCUGAAACAACAGACAACAAGGACAGGACACACUACGAUGUCUCGAUCAUUCCCCCGGAAAUUCAUUCAGCUAUCAAAUCUUGACAAUUUGUGAGUGUUGAUAAUGAUAGUAUAGACUACUACAACAUACCGUGUGCCUAACUCUGUAAAAAAUUGUAUGAAUAAUGAAUUGUUGGCGCCAGAUUGAUGCUGUAUGAGUCCUGCCUCAAACAACAGAGUUAUUUUGACAGAUACA